AUUUUGCGAGCGGGUGUGCGUCAGUCACUGCAUCAUACGUGCACAAACCAAACCUACUUUUCAUUCUGCAUAGAUAAUAGGACGGAAAUUCAUAUUUGUGAACGCCGUCUUCUCAAAUAAUUCAGAGUGAAACAGUAGAUACGAUAUUUCUAUAGGAACAGUAACCGAACUUGCAAACAACGUAAUGUACAAAAAGGUAUUUCUACCGUAGACGAACGUUAGUAAGAAAGUUUCAAAAAUGGAGUCUUAAGUAAGCUAAUGUAUGUUCCCCACAACCACUCAAACAUGCUCACUUGAAGCAGCAGCACCCGAAAGCACAGGGAAGAAUUUCUUCUGUGAAAACUAGGGUCUCAACGCAGGGAUGGCACCACGGAUGGAUGAUGUCAUGCGUCUGUGCUGUGAAUUAUCAGCUCACGAUCAGAUCAAGGUGGCCGUGAAAAGCUCCACCAAAGGAGCCAUGGUGGCAGGAGGAACUGCUUUUGUAGGCGGGCUGCUCGGUGGGCCUCCGGGCAUUGCAGUUGGGGGAGCAGUAGGCGGUCUGCUGGGCAGCUGGCUGACCAGCGGCCAGUUCCGGCCUCUGCCUCAGAUCCUGAUGGAGAUGCCCCCCGCCCAGCAACAGAAGCUCUGCGACCACAUCCAGACCGUCCUGGGGAACCUGAGCUGGAUGGACGCGGCCCAGCUCAUCGCCCUGGUGAUGGGCAACGCCACUCUGCAGCAGCAGGUCACCGCCGCGCUGGUCAGCUACAUCACACAAGAACUCAAAGCAGAGGUGCGCUAUCAAGACUGAGUUGUAGUUCCACACAGACUUUAUAUAUUUUUUUCUCAGGGUGGUUAGGCCUGCCAAACACAACCAGAGUCCUCUGCGACAGGUUUUUGUACUCCAUUGGAAAAACGGAAUCAUGGAUGUUUUACUUUCUCAACUGGGGCAAAUGGAGAAGUUAGCCUUUGCUAUUUUCAGAGUGUGGAAUGUAACCAUGUACAUUUACUCAAGUACUGUAUUAAGUACAAUAUAUAUUUAUUUGGCAGAAUCAGAUUAUAAAUACAAAAUUUAAAUCAACUAAUAAAUUAUGAGCUAUUAGGGGUGGUACGGUUCACAAAACCCACGGUUCGGUUCGUAUCACGGUUUUAGGGUCACUGUUUUCGGUUCUGUUAAGACCAUCUCUGAGGAUGAUGAGAUUUUGAUACAGCAAGAGGGAAGACAUUGUCGUGAUUUCAAAAAGCUUUUCAUUUAUUUGGCAAAAAAAAGGAGAAUGUGUAUUGCCAUCUACAGGAACUUAUGUGCCUUUUUUUGCACAUGAAGAUUGAAAUAUUACAGAAUAUCAAUUGAAAUAACUUGCAUUUAUCAAACUGCCAACUUCAGUGUAGCUCUUACAAAAAUGUAUCCUUUAAAAGAAAAAGAGAGGAACUCUUAAAGCUCCGUCUUUUGAAUAAGUCAGAAUACGUUAAACAUAAAAACUGUUUACAUUGUUCAUUUCCUAUCCUGGGCUGGGACACACAUUUGGUUUGAUAAAGUACUUAUUGGACUUAUCAUUGCACUUACAAUAACGACUGUAGCUGUCAGGUCCUCCUGUAUAUGUCUCCUCUCCGUUUUUUCUUGCAUCCACUGUGUGUGUGUGUGUGUGUGUGUGUGUGUGUGUGUGUGCGUGCGCGCGCGCGCGCCAGUCGCGGGGAGAACUGAGCAGCACCGCCUGCUGCAGAGACCCAACAGGAUCUAAACUGCAGCCGCUUCAGCGACUUUAGAGUGAAAAAACGUUCCAGCGUACAUUGAUGUUAAAAUGUUUACAGGUUGGCAGGACGGCCUGAAAUGUUUUGCAUGGUCUUUCGCUGUAUGUUUUGUUGGUAACUUGUUCACACCUCUUCUUUCUCUUGAAAGGGAAACACACUGAGGUCACAUACGGGGCACCUGAUGGGCACGAGGCCACAUUGCGCAUGCGUCGAACCGUGCGGCACACACACGUUCCGAACCGAGACAAGCGGACCGAGCGGUUUUUGAUGUUUUUUCAUGAAGCGUACCACCCCUAUGAGCUAUUAUUAUAUGUUAAGCUACCCAGCAGUAGAUCCGUUAUCCUUUAUCCGCUGUAAUAUUAGAGAUGCUUACACAGUAAUAAACUGCCAAUUAUAAUCCAGUGAUAUUAUAGAUAUUGUUCUGAAAGAGUACUUUAGCUAUCAGUAUUUUGGUAGUUUAUUUUAAUUUCAGUACUUCAGUAAAAGAUCUGAGUAUCUUAUCCACCACUGCCUUAACAGAAAUCACAGUCCCAAUAAAAAGCUAUCUGUAUUACUCAAUCAUGAAUAAAUGGUGACAUUAGCACAAAUUAUGUUUUGUACAACAGACGCCAAAUUUCCUCUCUGUUUUUUUUUUUUUUUUAAACUCUGUAAAAUAUCGUGCCUCUGGAUCUCCUUAUUCCCACACUCUGUAUCAGCGUGUUUUAAUAUACAUCUCCUUAGGAACUUCAAAUAAAGUACACUUUUUUUCAGCAA